GUGAAUAAACAACAAAUCACCACUGUAACCCAACACGUAUCUGUGAUUUCGGACCAAUCUAGGCCAUCAUCUCGCAGACUCGUACAGCUCUUGUCUGCUGCUCGCACACGUCACAGUCUAUUGUGAGCGGCGGUGCGCGUGCAGGGCAGUUCGCGGGAGCGCGACACCACAGAACACACGAGCCACGGUCGCGUUACCUAAAAUCUCACGAACCGAAUAUUUGAACUGGAUCAGUGUGUGUAAAGGAGGAUUUGCCUCGCUGUCAGCAUGUGUGCACCGUGUUGUUUGUCUCAGCUGGCCUGCUGCUGUGGAUCGGCCGCCUGCUCGCUGUGCUGCGGCUGCUGUCCCAAGAUCAAACAGUCCACCUCGACACGCUUCAUGUACGCCCUCUUCUUCAUGUUGGUCACGGUGACCUGUGUCAUCAUGAUGUCCCCCACUGUGGAGACAGCAAUGCGAGAACAUAUUCCUUUCUACACCGAAAUGUGUAAUAAGCUCAAUGCGGGGGAGAACUGCAGUACCCUUGUGGGCUAUUCAGCAGUGUAUAAAGUCUGUUUCGGCAUGGCCUGCUUUUUCUUCUUCUUCUCUGUGUUUACCAUUCGUGUGCAAACCAGCACGGGAUGCCGGGCAGCUGUUCACAACGGGUUCUGGUUCUUCAAGUUUGUGGCUUUGCUGGCCUGCUGUGCAGGCGGAUUUUUUCUCCCAAAUCAAGACAAGUUUCUAGAAGUCUGGCGUUAUGUGGGCGCUGCUGGAGGUUUUCUCUUCAUCAUCAUCCAGUUGAUGCUUCUCGUUCAAUUUGCCCACAGAUGGAAUCAAAACUGGAGCUCAGGAGUCAAGUACAAUAAAAUAUGGUAUGCAGCAUUGGCUCUGGUCACACUGGUGCUGUUCUCCGUGGCAGUGGGAGCCUUGGUGUUUAUGAUCACGUUCUACACAGACCAAGAGGCCUGCUUUUUCAACAAGAUCUUCCUGGGUGUCAACGGCGGCCUGUGCUUCGUCGUGUCUCUGCUGGCUAUCUCGCCCUGUAUUCAGACUUUCCAGCCCACCUCAGGUCUGUUGCAGUCCGCGGUCAUCUCCGUCUACGUCAUGUACCUCACCUUCUCAGCACUCGCCAGCAAACCCAUUGAAACGGUUGAGCGAAACGGAAAUAAUGUCACUGUCUGCGUCUUCCCCUACAAAUCAGGACUGCAGAGCGACACUAACAUAGUGACAGGCGUUGGAACGGCCAUACUGUUUGGCUGUAUACUCUACUCUUGUUUGAUCUCCACCACCAAGAGAAGCUCAACAGCCUUGCAAGUGUACAGGAACGACAUGCCUGAAAAUGAGAGAGCACGCUGCUGCUUCUGCUGUGUCGACGAUACAGAGGACUAUGAUGAUGAGAAGACUGCUGGAGGGCAGAAUGUGAAGUAUGAUGAGAGGGACGGCACAAUCUACAGCUACUGCUACUUCCAUUUUGUUUUCUUUCUCGGCUCCCUCUACGUCAUGAUGACUGUAACCAACUGGUUUCAUUAUGAGACCGCAAAGAUCGAGAGGUUGCUGGAUGGAAACUGGUCAGUGUUCUGGAUCAAGAUGGCAUCCUGUUGGGUCUGUUUAUUCCUGUACAUGUGGACCCUGGUGGUCCCCAUGCUCUUCCCAAAGAGAUUCGAAGCCUAGAAACCCUUCACAUGAUCCAGUAUCACCACUGUCCACUACUACAACUACUGUGUGUGUGUGUGUGUGUGAGAGAGAGAGAGAGUUUUGUUUGUUUUUAAUGUUUGUUUUAUUAGUUUUAGUAUAGCAAAAGCUUUUGAUUUCUCAAAAGCUGCUUAUGUUUUGUCUUUAAAUACGUUUUCAUCGAAAUUUGUUACAGAAAUCAUGUUACGGAUCCUCCCAUGCUAAUGUAGGGCUCUUGUUUUCCACAUUACAUGAAGGUAUAUAAACAAAGCAUUGCUCAGGCUCACACAUCACCUGUAAGUGUCUUGCUUGUUACGCUUUUCUUUGGGUAGCUGAAGACUUCUAUGCAAAUCAACAAACCAUCUGUGAUUUUCAUUCGUUUAUUUGUCCGCCUUUUGAAAGGUUGUGUAUUUAUAGUUGUAUUUCACUUCAAGGGUGUUUCACUAAGGUAACAAGACUCUUAUUUGAGUAAAAAUACCUAUUUAUUUAAUAGAAAUGAUUAGUUGGGACACUGCUGCCUUGCAAAACCACAUGAUCAAAACCAGCUGAGAAAUGACUGUGCAAGAUUAUUCCAUGUGAAUAAAUGUACUCAUAUGAGAUGUCAUGUUACUGUAUUUAUUGAAGCACCCUAAUAACGUCUAUAUAAAACCACACCAAAACAAUAUUUCCAAAUAAGUCAGCAACAUUCCUAAAGUUUCAGCUUCAUCUUUAGUCUCAGGUAGUGAUUAAUACUACAUUUUUAGCUAGUUUCCAGAGAAUAACACCAUUUUAAGGAAAGCAUGUGACUGCCAUUCCCAGUAAAUGUAUUUAUGAUGAUUUGAAAUGGGUGGGUAAAGCCAAGACGUCACCGUUAUGCCACAAAAACCCAAACUGCCACACAGGUUGUUAUACGGCCCACAGCAACACUGAAGCUAUAGAUUUUUCUUAUUUUUUAAUCUUUUUGUUACAAUUUAAAUGGUGCUUUAGAUCAUGGAUGUCCUAUAAUAUUUUAUUCCAGCUCAUGCACUAGACCUGCAAGCAUGUCAUAUUUGUCAAAGAACAAGUUUGUACAAUCUUUUCUACUUAAAAAGCAUUGUUACAGCUGUGUACAGCUAUUCUAUUUAAUCUUUGAGGUUUUUGUUGCUGUAAGUGCAUGUCUGUAUUUCUUGUUUAUGGUGUUCAGUUUACAGGAGCUGCAUGUAUUAGAUGUAAUGUAGCACUCCUGAUGCUCCCUGGUAGAAAAAAAAAAGUGGUUGGCAUUGUCGUUGAUGAAGGAAAUAGAAUCUAGAACUGGAAUUUUAUGGUUAUUUCCUGUGUAACAGUUGUAGCUGUCCAAUGUUUUGACAAACCAAAAUCUCUUUUAUUAGAAUUGGAUGUUUUUACUUUCUUUGUGGUCUCAAUAACUUCUUUUCAGCCCUGAGGAAUCUGUAAGGUGAUGUUUUUCUAAAGAAUUGGUCUUGUUUAUACAAAUCAAAAUUAGCAAAGGGUUAACGAUUGCCUUAAGCGCUACAACUGCAUUAAGCUGUAAGCAUACUGUUUCAUGUACCUCUGAAUAAUUUGAUGCUCAGUAUUUAUGAAAUAUGCUUUCCUUUACUUACAAAUAUGCUGAACAUAACGUGACAUUUAAUUGCAAUAUGUGCUUUAUGUAAAUAGUCAAUUAUAAAGAUGACCACUAGGUGUACUCAUAAUAUUGCAAAAAAUGUAAUCUUGCGCUUUGUGUUGUUCUCACUAACUUUGCAUGAAGAUAUUAUAAUGCAAAAAUAUGUACAGUAAGUUUACAAAGGACUCUUUUCCUCAUUUAUAUGCCUUGAUUUGUCUUUGUUAUUGUUAUUUACUUUUUCCCAUCAUUUCAAUACGUUCCAUGAAGGGUCAUUUGAGUUUAACUGUUGCAGGAUCAAUAUUCUUUUUAGUGUUUUUUAUUGAUAUUGCCGGUUCUUUCAAUAAAAAGGCAAAUGA